UAGGUAGGUGCUUGACACGGCAGCUGACCGCCUGGCGUCGUUGUCCGCAUUGAUGAUGGCUCGCUCUUAUCUGUCUUCGCUCAUAGAUUGCGAUAGAUUUGUACGGAAUUGCCGUGGUUUUGUUACACCAACGUAAGCUUUUGUCUUCUUGAAAAGUGUCGAUAAAUCAACCGAUACGAAGCCCGCUCGUUAGCGGAAAAGAGCGAACAAUGUGAUAUGGGAUCAACAUCGGCUGGGACCGGAGCCGCAAAUAGCCGAACUAAAUUAAUAUAAAUACAAUGUGGUAAGGAAAAGAAUGAGAAUCGAGAUGAGCUCUUCCGUCGAAUUACGUCAGCGUAGACAACCGAGGAUAGUGGAGGAUCCUCACAAGCUUGCGGCGAUGAUGAAUAAAUCUCAAAGACUUGUUCUGGGACUUUUAGUUCUAUUGCUAGUCGAUAUAAUUUGGGUUUCCAGUUCUGAGCUCACUAAAGAACAUCUAUUGAAUUGACAGUGUUAUAAAAGUUUUUAUUUUACCACGAAUAGAAGACUGAAUAAUAGCGCAUAAACAAUUUAUAUAUAAUAAUAUAGAAGAUGAACACAUGUUUACCUCAUAGAUAAAUUUAUCAAGAAAUUGAAACAACCGACCCUAAAUCUUUAUUGCAGUAUAUUUACAGGGAUGAGACAUUCGAAAAGCCAUUUUUUAGUACAUAUGUAAGAACAUCUAUGUUUACGCUUUACUUGCUUGGCUUGUGCUUUUGGCCACCUUGGCGGGAACAAUGUAAUAAACCUGCGACAUAUAUGUUUAUAGAUCCUAAUGUCGAAGAUGAUAACUUUUAUUCGGAGACUAAUACGAGUCUAAGUGAUCCAACGUUUGUUCCCAUAAAAACUCCGGAUCAUUGCGAUCGUUCAUCAGGUACGGAAAGUGAUGAUUCGUCCAUCCGUUCUGUAAGAUUCAGCAAAUUGGCGGAAGUACGUCAUAUGUCAGAAAGUGAUGCCACUGAGGCUCUAUUAGCACGACUUAGUUAUCAAGCUAGUGUCAGAGCUGGAGAACAUGCAAGACGACAAGCUAACAAACUCUCUAUCCAAAAAGUGGCUAAAAUAGCUCUUAUGUUCUGCUUAUUUUGGUUUAUGGCAAAUUAUAUAUAUCAAAUAUCAUUGGAGCAAACCCAAGUCAGAAUUGUUACUGUAUUGUCUUCGACGUCGAGUUUAUUUACUUUAUUUCUCGCUGCCUCUUUCCCUAGUAAUGGAGGGGAUAAAUUUACAUUAUCGAAAUUAGCUGCUGUGAUAGUUAGUAUCUUUGGUUUGGUAUUAGUUGGGAUUUCGGAUUUAACUAUAGAAAAUAAUAAUAUGUCAACGGGCAUAAUAUUAGCUCUAGUCAGUGCUUUUUUUUAUGCUGCAUAUAUUGUAUUUUUAAAAAGGAAAGUAGAUCACGAAGACAAGAUGGAUAUACCGAUGUUUUUUGGCUUUGUGGGAGUAUUCAAUUUAACACUUCUGUGGCCUUUAUUCUUUAUUCUUCAUUAUGGUCAUUGGGAAGAUUUUGAAUGGCCCAAUAGUCAUCAAUGGACAUUUUUAAUUAUAAAUGGUUUAAUUGGUACUGUUCUAAGCGAAGUUCUUUGGCUAUGGGGUUGUUUUCUGACAUCAUCUCUCGUAGCAACAAUGGCUGUAAGCUUAACAAUGCCCAUGUCAAUGAUAGCUGAUGUACUUUUGAAAAAGGUUGAAUAUCCUUGUAUUUUUUACUUAGGAAGUAUUCCAAUGCUAUUAGCAUUUUUGACGGCAUCUCUUUUAUCUUAUUAUGACAAUUGGGAUCCUGUUAUGGAUUUGAUAAAAAGAUUUUUUAUCUGGAUAUGCAGGAGAAGCAAUAGAUCUACAAGGAUCCCAGAUCUUGAAGCAGAGCAAACGGAAUCUUUAAUAGGAAUAGACAGUGGCGAUCACGAAGCUUAGCAAGACAAUAAUAAAAGAAUUGAGAACACAGUAAAACAUCUUGUGUUACAUAACUCAUUGUAAUAGAAACUUUUUUGUUUAAAUCAUCUUACUAUAAGUCAUUUCAUAUUUUAUGUGAAAUAAUGAUAAUCAGGAUCUUAUUUUUCCUAUACAAAUGUACGUCGCUUUAUUUUUGCACUAAAUAUCACAGACAUAUAUUAUUACUGGACAAUAAUGAUGAAUUGUGAGUCAGUUUACGAUAAAUGCAAUUGACAUAUUUAUUAUGCAAUUUUUGAAAGUAUCUUUUUGUAUUUCUUAUCAGUUUAUCCUACAAACGCAAAUAUUUCACAUACAAGCUAUACUAAAAUUUAGUACAUACAAAAUGUGUAGUUUUGGAUCUUAUGUGCUAUAUGCUAUCCUAACUGGGUCUCAAAGAACAAGAAGUGUUGUAAGUGUUUUACCUGUAUAUAUUAUGUAAUAAGAUUUGAUGAAAAUCAAAGAAAUAUUUAUUUAUAAGAUUAUACUUUUCACUAAACAACAUUUUUUUAUGCUAUUAUGGGUUUAUAGAAUAAUUAUACAUGGAACAUUCAACACAAAAUAUUAAAGAAGACUCUGCUAUAUGCUAAAAGUUUAAAAGAUUUUCAUAAUGGGGCACAUUCAGUGCGUUCUGUACUUAUAGUUUUUAAUAUUCUGCUGAUUUACAUGAAGUAUUAUAAAUGAAAGGUAUAAUUUAAUAAGUAAGAGUUUUAUGUAUAUAUGUAUGUAUGUAAUGUAUUUAUGUACGUAUGUGCAUAUGUAUGUAUAUAUACAGAAAAAGAGAGUGUUAAUGUUUUGGAGAUCAAUUAACCCCUUCAGCGGCAGGCGAAAUUUCACUGUUUGUGCUUCUGUGGGCAAGAAUAAAAAGUAAUCGCAAUUCAAAGAUACCUUGUAUCUAAAGAUUUUUUGGAUUGCUGAAUAUGAAUCCAAAGUUAAAUUUUAAAUUCAAAAUGGUGAAUCUAAUUUGGCGGACUGAUAACUUUUUAAUUUGGUUUAUUUGGAUAAAAUUUAUAAUACAGGAAUUUUCGGGGUUGCUGAUUACGAAUUUGGCAUCAGAAUUUUAAAAUUCAAAUUGGCGGAUCUACCAUGGUGGACCGAAAAUUUUUUAAUUUUGUUUAUUUGAAUAUUUUUAAUUUAGGGAUGUUCGGGGCGAUAACAAAUUUUAUAAAUAUAAUAUAAUAUAAAUUAAGAAAUUGAAAACUGAUGAGUUUCCAACUUAUUAAUUUAUAUUAUUAUAAAAAAGUGUUAAAGAAGGUUCGAUUUCUGACCAUCGCAUGUAACCUAAACGAACCUAAUUUUUAUAUUUUAUAGGUCAUAUGUCUUGCAAAAA